UGGACGUGACCCUGGAUCCAGCCACGGCGGGUCCCGAAGUGAUCCUCUCCGAGGACCUCAAAGAAGCCACCUGGGGUAGACCCGGCCGCCGGUGGCCUGAGGGUCCGGGCCAGUUUGACACCGAUCCGUGCAUGUUGGGCACCAAGGGCUUCACCUCGGGCCGUCACUACUGGGAGGUGGAGGCCAACGGGCGCUUCUGGGCCGUUGGGGUGGCCCGUGAGUCGGUUCAGAGGAAAGGCCGGGUCCUCUUCAAGCCCAACGCCGAGAUUUGGGGCUUGCAGAAGUACGACGAGCUCUGCGUGGCCCUCACGGCUCCUUCCAACACCUCCGUCCCGCUCCUCAACGGGGAGAUCGGGGUCUACCUGGACUACGAGGUGGGACAGGUCUCCUUCUACGCCGUCGGCAGCCGCCAACGCAUCUUCACCUUCCCCGUGGCCUCCUUCAGCGGAGAGAGGGUCUUCCCCUACUUCUGCGUGCUCCUCUCCACCAUCAAACUGUCCCCCAGGGGGUGA